AUGAGUUUGAGAAGAACAGCCUUUCGCUCUCUGCGAGGCCUUAUGAUAAGCAAGAAAAACACUUGUUUUGCUCCAAUGAUUUCAACCAAUGUAAACGGAACCAUGUACUAUCACCAAUCGAUUGCUCUUCAAAAUACUGCCAAGAAGGAAGAAAAGAAAAAGACUGCUGCUGUCAUUUUGAGCGGAUGUGGAUUCUUGGAUGGUAGUGAUGCUACAGAAACCGUCAGUAUCAUUGUAGAAUUGACAAGAAAGGGUAUUAUUCCAAAAUUCUUUAGCCCUUACCAAGAAAUUGAUGAAUCAUUCAAUUAUAUCACAAAACAAGUUGAUGUAACUGAAGAACGUUACAUUGAAAAGGAAAGUGCUCGUAUUACUCGUGAUAAAGUGUUGAAUGUGGAUCAAUGUCGUGCAGACCAAUUUGACAUGUUGGUUAUUCCAGGUGGAGGUGGUAUUACUCGUAAUUUAUCUAAUUUUGAGCAAGAAGAAUACAAUAUUAAGGAGGUAGAAAUUAAUUCAAAUGUUGAGAAAAUUAUUUUAGAUUUUUUCAAACAAAAGAAACCUAUUGGAUUCAUGUCUAACUCUGCAAUUUUAGGAGCUAAGGUAUUGGGAAAGAAAGGUGGUGUGACUGGCAGCGGUAUUGCUGUUGCUUUGGGAAAGACUCUCGACAGAACAUUUAUUGAUACUCUUGUCUCAAAAUAUGGAAAUGAACUGUCAAAAGAAGUGAGUGAUCCUGAUGUGGUUCUCACUGAUUCCUCACAUCGUAUUGCCAGUGUUGCUAGCAGCACUGCUGCAGGUACUGUACAGCCACAUGAAGUUCAUUCAGCUGCCAAGAAUUUAGUGGACGAGUUGGUUGAAUUGACAAAGAAGAAGGAUGAAUAA